UAAUAUAAAGUGUAAAUUAAUUUUAUCGUAUGUUAAAGUAGUCAAUAUUAAUUAUUUUUAAAGUUGGUAAUCCAUUUUAUUUCAUAAUUGGUAUAUUUUCUAAGUAUAACACAGGAUGAAUUUAUUCAUAAACAGAAACUUUCCGAAUAUUUUAUUUAAUUGUAGGUUUUUUGGUACUUCAAGUGCAAUGAAUAAUGCUAUAGUGACGGUAAAAGAAGGAAAAUUACAAGGUACUAUUCAAAACUUGCCUGAUGGGACAAAAUACUACAGCUUCAAAGGAAUACCAUAUGCCCAACCUCCUAUUGGAAAACUUAGGUUCAUGGCACCUAAGCCCUUGAUGCCAUGGAAUGGGAUACUAAAAGCAAUAGACCAUGGCCCAGUAUGCCCCCAGACUGAUCUUCUAACUCGGAAUAUUUUAGAAGGCAGUGAAAAUUGUCUCUUUCUGAAUAUCUACACACAAUCACUACAAUCAGACUCUAAAAUACCAGUUAUGAUUUUUAUUCAUGGAGGAGGAUUUCAAGCCGGAUCUGGAAAUUCCGACAUGCUCGGUCCAGAGUUUUUAAUUCAACAUAAUGUUAUUUUGGUUACUAUUAAUUAUAGGUUAGAGGCUUUUGGUUUUCUGUGUCUUGAUAUUCCAGAAGUACCCGGUAAUGCUGGCCUAAAAGAUCAGAUUGCAGCAUUUUAUUGGAUUAAAAAUAACAUUGCCCAGUUUGGGGGUGAUCCAGAAAACAUUACUAUUUUUGGAGAGAGUGCUGGUGGUGCAUCAGUCACAUACCACAUGAUAUCUCCUAUAGCCAAAGGACUAUUUCAAAAAGCGAUAGCACAAAGUGGAACAUUCUUAGCAGAUUGGGCAUUUCAAGAUAAUGCUAAAGAAAAUGCUUUCAAAAUCGGAAAAUAUUUAGGCAACAACACCAAUGAUCCUUAUGAACUACUGGAGUUCUUACAAAGCGUACCAAGUAAUAAAUUAGCAGGAAUAACAUAUAAUAUAAUGACGCGAGAGGAAAAGGUGAGAGGAAUGCCGAUAAUUUUUACUCCUGUUGUUGAAAAAGAAUUUUCGGAUUGUGAAGCAUUCCUUAAUAGAAAUCCUAUUAAUAUGCUAAUGUCAGGGAAAAUUAAAAAAAUUCCGUUUUUAACUGGUUAUACAACUGGAGAAGGAUUAAUAUCAGUGCCUAAUGAAUUGAAAAAAUUGGAAGUUAAAAAUAAGUUCCCAUCAUAUUUUUUGCCAAAACAAAUAAGUAUGGCAAUAUCAGAGGAUAAGGCAAAAGAAUUAGGUGAUCGCAUAAAGCAAUUCUAUUUUGAAAACAGAGAUAUCACACAAAAUGAAACUGAACAAUUAGCAAUCAUUGGAGGACUACAAUUAAUUGUAUAUGACAUUUAUAGAUUUCUUCAUUUCUAUACUAAUGUGUGUGAAACAGUUUACAUGUAUAGAUUUAACUUGGUAUCAGAUUUGAAUUUGAUAAAGAUAAUGUUAGGAUUGGAAGCUUCUGACGGUGCUUGUCAUGCAGAUGACGUAUUCUACAUCUUUAAUAAUAUCAAUAGUAGAGAACAAUGUCAAGAACAGAAGAAAUUAAGGGACCAUGUAUAUAUGGUCACAAAGUUUUGGGCCGAUUUUGCUAAAACUGGAAACCCGACUCCAGAUAAUACAUUUAAUUUCAAAUGGAAUCCAUACACAAAAUCGGGCAGAGAGUAUUUGCGUAUAGAUGAAACAUUGUCCAUGGGAACAAGUGAUGAUAAAAUUCAUAUAGAUUUUUGGAAUAAACUGUUUAUUGAUGCUGGACUGCCUGGUAUUAGUAAAAGUAGUUUGUAAUAUAUCACAAUCCAUUAUACUAUACCCUGUACAAGUUAGCUCAAUCGUUUUGACAGGUGUAAAUUUUUCUGAUCGACAUAACUUUGCAAUGACGAACAUAUUAUUUUCUUACUUUAAUGAUUUAAAAACUUGUUAAAAUAUUAAAAAAAUACAUAUAACACAAAAAUCCUUAAAGAUGCAAGCGUUAUACGAAAAUUUAAAUGACCUUUUAAGUGCUUCAAAAUUUAAAUUGGAACACUGAAAAUAAUAGACGCUUGUAAAAUGUUACAUCGGUCGGACGGAUGGGAUGAGAUACGAAUAACAGGCAGUAACUGUUACAAAUAUCGAUUACAAAAAAUCAUUAAGUUAUUGUAUGAAGAUCUGAUUUUUUUUUUCACUUUUCUACCCGUGUAUCUUGGGAAAGUUGUUUACUUUCAUGGUCUGAACCACCUAUUAAAAUUUAGCAAGAAGUCCAAAAAUAACCCUGUAAUAUUAAAUAGGUACUUGAAUAUUGACCCACCGUUGCUUAUCUACUCAAUGUUUUAUAUUAUGUCUAGGGCAAUAAAGAAUUUCACACGUACGCUCACAUCUCAUCACAGUUACAAGUAUUUUAAAACGUUAUUUUUUGGACUACUAAUUAUUUUCAGUUUCCUAUCACUAGCUCAAAUGUCAUGCAGAUCAAGCUAACUUGUACGGGGUGUAUAAUAUAAAUUAUGAUGACCAUUUGUAAUAUACAGUAUGUAAGAAUACUGUAUAGUUUUUAAUGGUUAAAUACUAUUAUUAAAAGUAUUGUGUUGGAUUAAAUAAAUAUCAAAUAUAUUGGUGAGAGGAUAAUAGAAAUAAUUAUUUGUAUAGGUAUUUACAUAAUUUUGUACGUAUAUUUUUAAAUAUAAAAUAGGUGGGUCGGUCAAAUAUACCUGAUGGUAAGUAAUCACUAUCGCCCGAAGGCAUAUGCGUCAUAAGAAAUAUUAUCUAUUCGCAUCGCCAAUGCGCAAACUAUGAGAAAAUGAUUAUAUUUAUUGUGUUAGUAAUUGCACUGGUUCAUUCAUCUUUCCUACUGGAACAUAAUAAUUCUAAGUAUUGCUUUUUCGUGGUUGAAAAAGGUAAGGGUUGGUGGUACCUACCCAGAUGGGCUUGCACCAUUAAAUAGCAUUAAAGUUGAAUUCAAGAUUUGACUAAGUACAGUGAAGCAACUGUUAAUAAAAAAGAAUACCUUUAUGCAUUUAAAAUUAAUGAGUAAGUACUUAAGACUAAUUAUUUUCACUACUAGUUGAUAUAGACAAAUGAUAUAAUAUGAAUGUUUUUAUACAACUUCGUAUAUCAUAUUCAUAAUAUUUAAAUAAUACUACUUACAAAGAUUUGCAACUUUAUUUACAAACAUUUUGUAUCCUUUUACUUAUACUCAUAUUUGUCCGUUUCUGUCAUAUUUGAUUUGACAUUCGGAAGAAGACUGACUGACAACGCCCCUCCCCCCUUUACAACGUUCGUAGCCCUUUGAUUAUUUAUAUCUCUAGAUAGACUGUCAAAACUGAGAAUGUAUCGAAAAAAAAUUACGCAUAGUACAGUACAGUAGUAUGACUAUUGGCAUUGGUUGGGUCGGUUUAAAUUUAUUAUAAAGUUGGAUCAUUAGUUUUAGCUAUUUUGUAGUGCGACAUCGCUAUCUAGAUAAUAUGUAAAUAAUCUAAGGUAAAGCCGUUAAUAUGUAAAUUAAUUACAAAAAAAAUACAUUAUUAUUGUCAGAAGUAUGUUAGGAUAAGAUAAGGUGAUCAUAAUCUGUGAUUGUAAUUAGGUGGAAUAUGUUAUACUUCAUUCCAUUUAUAUUUUUUAAUGUUUUUAUAAAUUUUAUGUAUAAUAAAUAAUGGGGCCAAAAUUUUUAUCUAAAU